GCCCGCAGGGCGCGUUUGUUUACCCGCGCGCGACCAAAAUUGUAUCGACACGGUGGAUUGCUGCCGAAGCACCCAAGAAGCCGCUGGCGCGCCCGGUCUCUUAGGCAGCGCCGUCCUGCUGCCCUCGGACCUCGAGCCAGCCGGAGGCGCACGUCGACUUGAGGCCAAGGCCACGACCCGCGGGCGACGGCACCGCUGAGAUAGCUGUGCCAUGAUUUUCUCCAACACCUGCAACUUUUCGGCCGUGACCGCCGUGUUGCUGCUGAUGCCCCUGUCGUGGCCGUUCGUGCUGUGCUUCUCGUGCCGCGUGGCCACGUGGAUGUACCGCCUGUAUCUGGCCGCACUGGGAGGCAUGGUGGUGGCCGCCACCUGCCUGCCCAGCAGCCAGCAGGGCAUCGUGGCCGACAUCUACCGUUACUCCGUUCCGCCGGACUUCGACGCGGACAUCUUGGAGCAGGACGCCGCUUACGGAGGCGUGACCGGCACGGAGUCCUUCUUGUUCAAGUCGUCCGGGCACGUGUCCGUCGCCGAGGCCCAGCGGCAGAUCGGCUCCAGCGGAAGUGCGGACGUACAAGGCUGCUGCAGUCCCCGCCCGCUUUCCGACAUUGCUUUCGACUAACGGACCGCAAAUAAACGCCGCGCACGCCGAUGAAACCUGA